UGGAAAAUGUCUCCACUUCGUAAGAAAUGAAUGGGUGUUUAAACAAAUAUUAAGGUCUGUAUACAAAAAGUCUGUUUCAGUGUGACGGUACAGGCUAUAUCACUGCCUUCACAACUUGUUCUGGGAUUUCUUACACAUCUGACCUCAUAUUUUAUUUUAAGAAAUCUUGACUGACAUUUAUUCACAUCAAUAAAUUCAACAGCAUCAUGGAGGAAGGGGAAACAGCUUCUGCCAUUGCAACUUACUUUGCUGGGAAAAACAUUUUUAUCACAGGAGGCACAGGGUUCCUGGGAAAAGUGCUUGUGGAGAAACUUUUACGGAGUUGUCCAGAAAUUGGAACUCUUUACUUAUUGAUGCGUCCAAAAAAUUCUCAGGAUAUCACCCAAAGAAGUCAGGAACUUAUGGAAAAAUCUGCAUUUGAAAAGUUAAGAAAUGAACAGCCAGAUUUCCACAAAAAAGUCCAACCCAUCAGCGGAGACAUAUCCCUUGAUGGUUUGGGAGUUUCAGAAGAGGAUGCAGUACUUCUCCAGGAAAAGGUUAAUGUAGUAUUCCACGGGGCAGCCACAGUGAGGUUUGAUGAACCCCUGCGUGUUGCAGUUGAGAUGAAUCUCCUUGGUAUUCGACGAAUGGUGAAAUUCUGUCGAAAAUUUAAGCAUCUGGAGGUUUUCCUCCAUAUGUCCACUGCCUAUGCUAACUGUGAUAAACCUUUUAUAGAAGAAAUGAUUUACAACCCACCUGUGGAUCCUCAGAGAUUGAUAGACGCUCUCCAGUGGAUGGAUGAUGAUAUGAUUGAGAAGAUCACACCCAAAUUGAUUGGUAACAAACCAAACACUUACACCUACACAAAACAGUUGGGAGAGCACCUGUUGGUGAAGGAGGGAUCUGAUCUGCCCCUGGCCAUUGUUCGGCCAUCGAUAGUGGGUGCUGCAUGGAAGGAGCCCUACCCGGGAUGGAUAGAUAACUACAAUGGACCCAGUGGCCUGUACAUUGCUGCAGGCAAAGGGAUUCUCAGGUCAGUGAAGGGGGAUUUCCGUUGUGUGGCAGACAUUGUGCCAGUAGACUUGCCAGUCAACAUGAUGAUUGCAGUAGCGUGGUACACAUCUGUUGCUAAGCCAAGCUCUACACUCAUCUACCACUGUACUACAGGCAGUACUAAUCCUUUCACUUGGGGAGAGAUGGAGGGUGUUGUGAUGAAUUUCUGGAAAAAAGUCCCACUGGACUCCUGUUUCCGAAGACCAAAGGUUAGCCUGACCAUGAACAGUAUGAUUCAUGACUACUGGGUGUUUGUUAGCCAUAUGAUACCCGCUUAUUUUGCUGAUCUUGGCUACUGCAUCAUGGGAAAAAGGCCAAGGAUGGUGAAGAUCUACAACAAGCUUCACCGAGCCAUGAACUCCCUUACAUUUUUCACUACACAUUCGUGGGAGUGGACAUACAAUAACCUAGACAUGCUCAAGAGCCAAAUGACGCCAGAAGACAAAAAAAGAUUCUACUUUGACCCUCGAGGGAUGCACUGGCCGACAUACUUGGAGAACUACUGUCUGGGUACGAAGAAGUUUCUUCUCAAUGAAGACCUGUCUGGACUCCCAGCAGCAAGGGCCCACCUCAGAAAAUUGAGGAACAUUCGCUACACUUUCAACACCAUUCUCCUUGUAGCUUUGUGGCGUGUGUUAAUUGCGCGGUCGCAAAUUGCGCGGAACUUGUGGUUCUUUAUCAUGGGACUUGUGAUGAAGUUUGUGAAAUAUACUCGUAUUACCAGUACCAUUGGUGGAAAAUGAAUCAAUAUAAAGUAAACCAAUGAAUGUCUUGACAGCAGACUCUGGGGAGCUGAAAACCAUUGAUGGAAGGAUGAAAAGUCAAGACAGGAAAUUCAUGUUUGUGGCUUCAAACAAGAUCACACACUCCAGCAUAAUGGAAACACCUACCUGACCAAAAACAGCUGCAGCCAAGACUAAUUUAUGGAGUGACAGUAGAAGCUGGAGAUUUAAAUUUUCUGCUAAGUCAAAACUGAAAAUGUUUAACAGUGUAUAUCCUAGUGCCCAAAUGUAUGAGAUUCUGCAAAGGAAGGAUUGGGAGAAAAGUGGAUGUGUGAAAUCCAUAUCAUCAUUGAUUCCAGUAGGAUGUAGAAUAAAUAUUUACGGAAAAUUAUAUUUCAGCAUAAAUAUACAACAAAUGUGCGUGGAAUAAGGAGAAAAUGUUUUAUAAAGUUAUCAAAUCCACAAUAUCAUUGAUGCCUUUAAAUGUAUUGAUAAGUACUGUAUACAUGAUUAGCAUAAUUUCAAGGUGUUGGUAAUCUUUUUAUCACAGAUUGUGAAAUUUGGCUUCAAACUUUUUUUUUCUUUUAAGUAUAUGCUGUAACAGUCACUCCACAAAAUUUCACUUUCUAGUCAUUUUCAUUAAAUCUCUGUAAAUUUUUUAAUCCGUGUUCAGCUUGCCAAAUUGAAAAACCCAUCUUAAUUGCUCCAAAUUUGCAUAUCUAUACAAACAUUGGAUGGGAAAAUUGUGUAAAAUUUUAAAACAUGCAAGGAAAAAUCUUCCCAUUACUAGAAGAAAAAGACCAUCAUCCAUUCUAUAGCUGUUAAUGACGUCAUAUUGACCACUGUGUAAGGUUGGAAAAGGUCAAGCAAGACCAAUAUCAGGCGUUGUGGUUGUGCACUGAUAUCAGACUGGCCAGUGUCUCUAGUUAUGUAGUGUACCUACUCCAAACCUAAAUGGCUAUCAUUACUGAUGUUUACAUGUAUGUCAAUCUCUGAAACAGCAACAGAGAUGAAAAUGAUGACAUUUCUUUGCUCUGCCCAGUUACUAACGUAACCAUAGUAAUACUGAUUUCAAUUACUUUAAUAAGAAUAAGCCGCUUCACUGCAGGCAGUUUGACCUGUUGGAUCAGAACUGUUCAUUUUUCAAAUAUAAUGCAUUAAGGAUAGACCAAGUGAUUGAUUUCUAGAUAAUGCUUGUUAUCUUGUUUCCGCUGAUCCUGGUACUAUCCAGCUCUGCAGUUUCAGGGGAAGCAAGACAGCCAGAUUUGACAGACCAUUUGUACAUUUUAAGUUUUGUUCUACCUAUUGUUAUCAUUAUGAGAAUUUAAAGUCAAACUGGUUGAACUGAAGACACUAGAAUUACAUAGAGCUAACAUGACUACCUAUUUUGAAGUUGACACUAGAAUAGGUCAUUAUCCUGAAUAGAGAGAGUGUGUAUAGAUGACGACCAGAUGUAUGGAAAUGAGCUGCUUUAAGACUGUAGAGUGAAUGUAAAUACUAUUGUAUGGAAAAUCUAUAAUACACUGUAAAACCAGAUAUUUCAGUUAGGCACAAAUGUUUUUUGUUUUCCAAAAAUAUAGGAGUUCUUUGGCAAUUAAUUUUGUGGAAAAAGUAAUUUCUGGCACACGCAAUCCACUAGUACUAAAAUCUAUGUCAGCUUUUAUCAGUUUGCUGUUUAAUUGACAAAUGAAUUCGUAGAUUGAGAGCACUUACCAAUUCAAAGAAAACAAAUUCCCCACAAAAAAUAACAAUUUUACAGUAUAUCUUUAGAAAUACAGUGUAUUUUCUUAAUUUACUUUAUUAAGCACCAAAAUCAUGUGACAAUAUACAAGUAAUGUUAGAACAAAUGUGUAUUAUUUUUACAUGAUAUGAUGAUAUAUAUUAUGAAAAUGGCCAGAUUUUCAGGAUUUGAGUUUGUUGAGAGCUUUAAGUGUACGCAUAAUUAAACAUUUAUGAUUUUUUGAGUUUUUCAUUCUUCUCAUUCUGCCGUGACAAAUUUUUAGUAUAAUUUUUGGUAAUAUGUUUUUAUAUUAUUCCUAUUUCAGUAGACCAAAUAUAAGCUCUGAACAAUAGUAGAAAUAUAUUGACCUAUUAUGUAUAUAUACCACAUUCCUACAACAUUGGAUUAUUUAUUCAGUGGGCUCUAGGAAGUACCAUAUUACUGUCAUGUGAUCUUGUUAUGUAUCACGUGAUCAGCUGUAUCAUGUGAAAUAUUUUUCCUUAAACCAGAAUGAAGUUGUUUCCUUUCAAAAAGUGCUCAAUACAUGUAUAUGUUGUGAAUAAUGAGGAGAGGGAAUAACAAGUUUUUUCUUCCAAAUUCUUUGAACACGUGCUACUUAAGUGCUUUAAUUUGCCAUAGAAUAACAUCUUCAAUUAUGUGCUUUUCAUAUGUCAAGAUAACAAACAUGGCUCCGUGUCGUUUUGGUCAAUGAAGUGAAUAUAAGACCAGUUGUAAUCAUGUUCAAAUUUUUCAUCUAUCAUCUAUUUUACAUAAUUAAUGAUUAUUACUGAUUUUUUCUGAAAUUAUUCAUUAAAACAUAUUAAUUGGUCUAGUGAAAAAAAAGUUAACUCUUACCAAAUUCACUAUGAUAUAGUAGUUUUAUCGAUCUACACAAAUGUAUGUAUGGUUGAAUUAUCACCCCUUUGUGCUUAUGUUAACAUCUUAUGCCUGUGUUCCUAGUGAUAUUAUCUGAUACAUGUAAGAAAUUCCACAAAAAUAGUUUGAUUGUAAUAUCAUAAUCAGUUAAUUGUUGGACUAGUUUUCAGUGAAGAUCUUUCCAUAUUAAAGCAUUGUUUUGUUUUGGUAUCAUCCAAAUUAUCAUUUCAUGGCUUUUUUUGGCAUCCACUGAUUUUGUAUUGAAAUUCAGAGCAACUUUGCCUCAAAAAUUUUCCAUUCGAACAACUCUUACGGAAUAUGAACUCAGCAAGGUUUUUUUCUCAAACAGAAGCUGCCUUUCUGUGUACAAGUAACAAGAAACAGGAUUAAAUAAGACUUAAGACCUAAGAAUAUGACACCUUUAAGUAAUCACCUCAUCUUUCUAAAUUUAAUUCCUCCAUGACGUAUUAUAAAAUUGUUGAAUCAAUGCUUCUGUUUAAGAACAUAAAUCAUCUUCCUUAUCUGUACUACACCUCCAUGACCAAAUGUUAGCCAUAUUGACUUCAAUACAUUGUCACCAUCUUGUUUAUUUUUCUGUCUUUUAUCUGAUUACUAUCUUGUCCCACUAUUUUCAUCUUGAGUGGUUAUAGUACAGCCAAAACAGUUGGUAGAAUCCCUACCAUCUUGUACACUACCUAUAUCAGUACUAGUACUCUCCACACUGGACGUUUGUCGGGAAAAAGUCACUGUGUAGUCAUCAAAAUGUCUAACUCAAAUUUUCUUUUACUGGUUGUACAUUUAUUAUAUUGACAUUAUCAACGUGAAGAAAAUGUGGAAGUGUUCCGAAAUAUCUGUUCCACGCAUUU